AUUAUUUAAUAAAUCAAUAAAUUGUUUCAUACAGUAAUCUUUUGUUGAUCUCAUUAGCUCUCCAUUGCUCGUUUGAAUUUUGUUUUGAAUUUCUGAUAAGCGCGCCAAACAAAAUGGCAUUUGUAAGUAAAACUAUGCCGUGUACUCGAAGUAUUUUAACAUCUUUAUACAGUAAAUAUAGUGUUUGUUUAUCAAAUCAAGUGGUAAUUGCAAGGAAACAUCAUUGUGCUACUGGAGAUAAUGAUAAACAUCAUGACAUUAUUAUUGCCGGAGGUGGAAUGGUUGGAACAACUUUGGCUGUUGCUUUAGCUAAUAAUAGAACGUUAGAAUCUCAAAAGAUUUUAUUACUGGAAAGUGGAAAUAAAUAUGAAUUUAAACAAACCGAAAAAUAUUCUAAUCGAGUUGUCGCAUUGAAUCAACAAACACGUACAUUACUAUCAAGUAUAGGAGCAUGGAAACACAUAGAAGCUGUUCGUUAUUCUCCAGUUCGAAAAAUGCAGGUAUGGGAUGCCUGUUCAGAUGCCAUGAUAACAUUUAAUGAAGAUCAAUUGUCUGAGGAUAUAGCGUAUAUUGUCGAAAAUGAUUUAUUAUUACAUGCAGUCAAUAAACAACUAGAAGAAAAGCCAUCUGUUCACGUUAUUUAUAAUGCCAAAGUUGAAGGUAUUACUUUGCCAAAAACAAUCGACAAUGAUGUUAAAAUAAAAUUAGAGAAUGGUGAAGAAUUUACAUCGAAAUUACUGAUUGGGGCGGAUGGAGUGACUUCUCGUGUACGCCAAGCAAUGAAUGUACAAUAUGUCAAGUGGGAUUAUGAUCAAAUGGGAAUCGUUGCAACUGUUGAACUGUCAGAGCCAACAGAAAAUGUUGUAGCUUGGCAAAGAUUUUUACCAACAGGUCCAGUAGCAUUAUUACCGCUUACAAGCACUUUGAGCUCCCUCGUUUGGUCUAUAACAACAAAAGAAGCUAAACGUCUAUUAAAAGUACCUGAAGAGGAAUUUGUUGACGAAUUAAAUAGGGCGCUGUGGAAAGUAUAUCCGAAGAAUAAUCUUGUUGAAAGUGGUAUGAAGGCAUUGCAACAAUUACUUGAACAAUUUUCCCUUCAAACUGGUGUAUCUAGACAACUACAGCCUUCUGUACUGAAAAUUGUUGAAGGAUCUCGAGCUGCUUUUCCUUUGGGAUUUGGACACUCUGCCUCUUAUGUUGCGAAUAGGGUUGCUCUUAUUGGUGAUGCAGCUCACCGUGUUCAUCCAUUAGCUGGCCAAGGUGUCAAUCUUGGAUUCGGUGAUGUUUGUUUAUUAGUUAAAUUACUUGAAGAAACUUUGAGAGAUGGAAGUAUUCUAGGAGAUAUUCAGUACUUGUCCAAAUACGAAACAUUAAGGCAAAGACAUAACGUUCCAACUAUGUUAGCUAUUGAUGCUUUACACAGAUUGUAUAAAGGAACUGCUCCACCAAUAAUCCUUGCUAGAAGUUUAGGAUUACAAUUAAUUAACGCCAUUGGUCCAGUAAAGAAAAUACUAAUGAAUCAUGCAUCAGACUCACGAAUAAUUCAAUAAGAGAGAUAUAAUGAUUUAAUUAUUUAUAUCAACUUUUUGCAAAUAAAUGAAAAUGCAAAGUUUU